CAUAGCUUUGAGGGAAAAGCUAGCAAAUCUGUAUGCAUGGCUUCUCCCUUUUCCUCCUUCCUAUGGGUUAUCCUCUUUAGCUUUUCUGCUUUUCUAUGCCCUUAUGCUCAUCAAGCAAGAGAGACUGCAGAAACCCACCAUCUAAUUCAAGUCAGCUCUCUAAUACCAUCAUCUACCUGCAAUACUAGUGCUUCUAACAAAGGUCCUAAAAGCGAGGGCUUCCUAGAAGUGAUACACAAAUAUGGGCCAUGCUUUGAAAGCAACCAAGACAAAGAACAAUUAGUUCCAAAUCACAUUGAAAUCCUCCUCCAAGACCAAUCCAGGGUGAACUCAAUCCACUCCAGGCUUUCCAACAACUCCAGCAGCAACAAAUUUAGGGACUCUCAGGCUGCCGCCACGCUACCGGCUAAAUCCGGUCUCACCAUCGGCACAGGCAACUACAUCGUCACCGUCGGUCUCGGCACGCCCAAGAGAGACCUCAGACUUGUAUUUGACACCGGCAGCGACCUUACUUGGACACAGUGUGAACCAUGCGUCAUAUCUUGCUAUAAUCAAGUUGACCCCAUCUUCAAUCCAUCCAAAUCCACAUCAUAUUCCAAAAUUGCAUGCACUUCGCCCUCAUGCUCUAAACUCAACUCAGCCACAGGAUACUCACCCCGGUGCUCCUCUACUUCACAAUGCUUAUACCUCAUAUCAUAUGGUGACCAAUCAUUCUCAAUCGGUUAUUUCAGCAAAGAAAGGCUCACCAUAACACCGUCAGACGUGGUGGAAGAUUUCUUAUUUGGUUGUGGCCAAGACAACGAAGGACUCUUCCGGGGUUUCGCCGGGUUGUUAGGCCUUGGUCGCAACCAAAUCUCCGUCGUACAACAAGCCGCACAAAAGUACGGCCAAUUCUUCUCGUAUUGUCUACCCGCCACCACUAGCUCAACGGGAUACCUCAAGUUCGGAAACAACGGCAGAGUCUCCAACGCCGUAAAGUUCACGCCGUUGUUGACGCUUUCUCGGAGCGCAUCGUUCUACGGGCUUGGCUUAACCGGAAUAAGUGUCAAUGGGCGUCAACUAUCGAUCCCAACAUCGGCGUUCAAGGCUGCAGGCACCCUCAUCGACUCUGGGACAGUCAUAACGCGGUUGCCACCGGUGGCGUACAGCGAACUGCGAACAGCGGUUCGAGCGUCGAUGCGUGGUUAUCCGUUGACAAGCCCAGUUUCGAUACUCGAUACGUGCUAUGACUUGAGUAAGAGCAUGACCGUUUUGGUUCCGAGAAUUGGGUUUUUGUUUGGUGGUGUGAGUGUGGAUUUGGACAAAGCAGGGGUGUUUUUCAUGGUGAGCUCAUCACAGGCUUGUUUAGCGUUUGCUGGAAACAAUGAUGCAAGCCAAGUAGCAAUUAUUGGGAAUGUUCAGCAAAAACGGUUGGACGUGGUGUAUGAUGUUGCUGGGGGGAGGAUUGGGUUUGGCCCUGGUGGUUGUAGCUAAUUAAGUGAGAAUAAUAAGUUGAGCUAACAACAAAGAGCUCAUGAUGGAAAUUGAUAUUGGUUAGGGUUUAAUUAGUGACUUUUUAAGUGCAAAGUAUGUUAUAAUUAAUAUGAUGUGGUAUUUAUCAUGCAUGCACGUUAGCCACUAAAAUAUGGACCAUUAUAUAGCAUUCUAGAUGUUACUUACCACGUUUACAAGCUGAUGUGACAAUUUACCUGACACUUACCAUGUUAGCCACU